AUCUUUAUGUUUUCUAUCCUAUGUUGAUUACGUUGUUAAGUUUAACUAUUUUUUGCUACAUGGGGUACACAUUUAUUUGAAAAAAUAAUUCUUAGGGAAUAUUGAGUUUAGGAUUGUUUGAAUUUUCGCAUGGUUACCACCUUAGAUAAACGACUCCUACUGAUAAUAGACGUUAAUAAACGUAUUAUAAAUGCAAAUUAGAAAAAAGUCAUUUUGACAAAACAUUUUCUCGCAUUUUCAAAAUUGACAGUGUAAUUUCCAAAAUGAAUCCCACCCAUUACCCCCCUGCCAUAACCCCCGGCUUCAUGGGUGUGAGUCCGCCCCAUCCGAGUACCUACAACAACCCAAAUGGUAGCAUGUCUUACUUCCAAAACUACAGAAAUGAGCAUUUAUCCAGAAUGCAUUCUCUUCCUUAUGAAUGGGGCGAUAUACAUAUUCAAUACACCCCUAAAGCCGACAUAGCUCUAUUAAACAAAGCCAACAAUUUGGAUAAAUUCAUAAGGAUGCCCCAGUCGCGCUUCACGAUGUUGGAUGUGGGGCGACAAAAGGAAAUUGAUGACUUUUACAUGUCUUGUCAGCUGCAUCGUGAUCAGUACAAAGACCAAAUGGGCAAACUCCAUCCUUUGGAUUAUUUCAAAACUACAGAUUUUACUUAUCAGUGUGCACCAGAUCCCACAACGAAAUAUCUGCAAAGUCCUCGAUUUUAUGUCAAAUAUAAAAGUCCACAAGUUCUCCCUCUCACUUUGGAGCGAAGUUAUAAAAGUCCUUUAUUGCCAGAUCGGGCUCUCACCGGACGCUAUGACCCAAUUAGCGAUAUUAAGUACAAAAGAUAACGUUUUAUUAUUUUUGUGUGUAGGUACAAAAAUGGAACAAUGUUAAAAAUGUGAUUAAAACGCAAAUCGGAAAGAAUGCGGAAACUCUGACAUUUUUCCGACUGCGUGUUCGAAUUCCAAUUGCCCAAUCGUGCCGUUCGAUUCCAAGUCCAUUUCUUUCAACAACUGCAACUAAAUGUAAACAAAACAAUAAAAAAAAUGUUGCAAAAUA